ACAGUCAACAAGCACACGAACGCAAUGCAAUGCAAGGGAGACGAGCAGAAUCCCUUGCUUGCUUUGUUUCCCUCCACUUUGCACUUCCUUUCUUCCCUCGCUCCGAGCACCUCCCCCGCGAAAAGCUCGCCUUUGUACCCAUCUUUCAGCCCCAAAAGCCUACCCGUCCAGGGCAUCCACAGCCCAGUUCAUGGCCCUCGACCACUUCUCCUCUGCUUCCUCGAAGCUUCUCCAAUCCAGCCACGCACCACCGCGGCCCGCCUCCCGAUGCGCCCCGGCGCUGCCCAUUCCGUCUCCAUCUCCGUCUCCGCGCACGGCCAUGCACGCACAGCUAGCUGAUAGCCCCGCCCCUGGGCGCGCUUUGCUGCUUUCUGGUCUGACAAAAUCCCGCGCCCUUUCUGCAGGCGACGGCACUGAAAGAGAGGAGCCGAGGAGCUAUGAGGAGCGAAAAGCCGAAAGCCCCCGGUGGGUGGCCGAGCCCGCCCCCGAAUCUUGGCAUUUCUAGGGAUUCUGUCAUUCUGAUGAGGCGCGCGCGGGCGGAGGCGCUUUGCGGUCUUUUGCCGGCCGGGGGGCGUGUCUGUGACGAGACCGACCCCCCGUGGGAGAAGCUUCCACGCUGCUUCCUCUGCUUUCCUGCGCCCCCCGCUAUUUAUAGCCGGCGUCGGCGCCGUCGCUGCCAGGGGUUUAAGCUAACGGUGUCCGCCUCAGGUGAAUCCGAGUGAACGAAGUGAUCAAGUGACUGCUGUGUUGGGUCGCGGUCGUGAUGGACCUGAAGAGGGCGUUGGACGUGGAGGAGGAGGUGGUGGACGGCGACGAGGAGGAGCUCGCCUGCCCCGACGCCAAACGCCGCCAGACGUACCUCAAUAGCUCGAUGCAGGAGGCCAUUGGCGCGCAGUACAUGCAGCGACAUUUGCCAAAGCUGGAGCCAUUUCUACGCAGAGUUGUGCAGGAGGAGGUGCGCAAUGUUCUUAUCCGCCACAUUGAUUCGGCACACAGGCUCCCACUUCAGUUAAAGACAAGCAGCAAACGGUACAAGCUGCAGUUCCAGGGAAAUCUGCCUCAGACCCUUUUCACAGGCAACAGAGUGGAGGCUGAGAACAAACAGCCUCUCCGGGUUGUUCUGACCGACGCUGCCACGAACCAGACAGUCACCUCUGGCCCCUUGUCCUCCAUGAAGGUUGAGCUCCUCGUUCUCGACGGCGAUUUCAACGCCGAUGAGCGGCUGGAGCACACCGAGAAGGAGUUCAGCGAGAGCAUAGUGUUCGAAAGGGAAGGCAAGAGGCCGCUCCUGUCGGGUGAGGUGAUAAUCGUGCUUGAGAAAGGUGUUGCUUCCAUCCGGGACAUUUCUUUCACGGAUAACUCCAGCUGGAUAAGGAGCCGGAAGUUCAGACUUGGCGCGAGGAUGUCUCGGGCCAGUUCGAUCGAAGAAAGGGUACAGGAAGCUGUGAGCAAUCCUUUUCUAGUUAAGGAUCACCGUGGAGAAGUGUACAAGAAGCAUCAUCCUCCUGCAUUAGCUGAUGACGUAUGGCGCCUGGAGAAGAUUGGAAAAGACGGGGUUUUCCACAAGAAGCUUGCUGACUUUGGAAUCCACACUGUUCAAGACUUCCUUAGGAACUUGGUGAUGGAUCAGUAUGGACUGCGCAGUUUACUUGGCAGUGGAAUGUCAAACAAGAUGUGGGAAUCAACCGUCGAGCACGCCCGGGAGUGCGUGCUGGACGACAAGCUCUACUCCUACUGCAGCGGGCAUGGGAUCAUCCUUCUGUUCAGUUGCAUCUACGAAGUUGUUGGGGUCAUCGUUGGGAGCCACUGCUUCACCUUGAAUGCUCUCACUCCGACACAGAAGGCGCUGGUGGCGAAGCUGCAGCAGGACGCGUACAAGUUUCCAAACCGCAUAACAGAGUUCAAGGUGCAGUCGCAGAGCGCCGACCAGUCGCACACGGUCCAGGCCCCGCCUGCUCCCGUGCCCGCCUCAGCAGCGAGCGCACAGAUGCUCGGCCUUCCUCAAGGUGUUCAGCCUUCAGGCGAGCCGAGCUCGCACGACGGCUUGCUGAACCCGUUCCACCACCAGCCGCUCAACGAGGCCCUGGAGGAUGUGCUGCAGUCGGCCGGCGCGCACCAGCCCGCCGAGCCCUGGUUCCCCUCGUUCGGAGCGGGCGGGUUCGACGCGAGGGACCCGUUCGACGUGCUGCUCGGCGGGUCGCAGCCGUGCGGGCUGCUGCUCUCGAGCACCGGCGGCAGGUUGUGACUUGUGAGAGAGCUGCCAUGGGAUCCGAGUGAUGGCGCCGCCGCUUCGGUUGGAGCGCUGAGCUCCGCUGCUGCAUAGUGGCAUGCAUGGCAUGGGCCCAUCUGAUCUAACUGUCGGCUAACAUGCACGAGUUCUUGUAAUCUUGUUGCUGUUUCAUGUGUUGGGAGAAAGGCAAAGCUGAUGUUGCAGAGAAGAUAAUAACUGGUCUGGUAGUGCAAUUGGUAGGGAUGUGUGAUCUCUGUCAUUUUGGGGUGUAACAUGAAAAGGAACUGUUCUGGGACCUGGGAUUCGACUGUUCACCGGAGUCCCAUGCGUGUUAAACAAUAAAAGCAUAUAACAGGUGCCUU